GGAAUCUUCAAGUAAGAAGAAGGCUGUUUUAGGUUGGAUUCCUGGAAGAUUUGAGUAUUCUAUAUUAUCGUUUCUUUGUUGGCAGAAAUGUGACAGAAAAACGAUGUGCUUCCUUAUGUGCUUCCUUCGCCUUUUACGCAACAAAGGAAGGGUUUCGAUUUGCUGAUAACGAAGAGACAAGAUCUUUCUUUCCUCUUCACACGCCUGCUUCCUUCUACUUAGCUAAUUUGGAAAAUGCCUGCAACCACUAGAUCUAUGUCUAAAAGACUUCUCUCAUCUCUUCCAAAAGAUGUGGAGUUGCAUCUUCCCAAAGCUUCCUCUUCAAAUGCUACUUUACAAAAUCUUGUCGUUAAAAGAAAGCAGCGUGAGAAACACCCCAAACGACAGAUCAAACGAAAAUCGCGGAAAAGGUCUAAUCAAAAUCAAAAUCAAAAUCCUAAACAAGAGAAGCUUAUCAGAGGGAACAAACACAUUGAUUUGCCAGAUCUCGAUCCUAUCACUAUUACUCACUGGCCUUGUCAUAAUUAUAAUUGUGAUUGCCCUCAAGGAGUCUUCGAGUUCUUAGACCCGAUCUGUGUCAACUGUGCACACGAGAUGAACGACCAUGCACUUCAUCAUUUAAGUUCGUGGAGUACCCGCUGCCCUUAUAUUUGCGAAAGACCAGAUCUGGUUUCUUCAGUUCUGAAACUUGCACUAAAUACGGGAAUGGUGGUUAUUCGUGCUACACCUCUAGUGGGAAAGACAACUCUUCUUCAAUUGCUUGGAUAUCAUAUUCUCCUCCACAACCCAGAGCUUGAGCCCGUAUUCGUUCUUUGGCAGCCCAAAAGUAGACGCGAUAAUGUUCCAUACAUGGAGUUUCUAAAUGAAAAGGCAGACUGGGCGCGAAAAGACAAUGCCAAAUACCGUCCGCAUAAUUCCAAAGCCACAAUUAUUUAUCUCAUUGACGAAGCUCAAGGCUCUUACGAAGAUGAGGAAUUUUGGAUUGCUCAGCUCAAGAACCGCUACACUAGGUCACGAUCAAUAUUUGUGCUUGUCUGUCUUUACGGCGCUGCUGGAAAUUCUGGGAUUCAAGACCCGUCAAUUGAAUCGCAAGCUUCGAAAGUAGACCGUCUCAAUCGUAUUGAAUUACGGCCAUCAAAGUCCAGUCGUUCGUGUAUGCUCUUCAAAUUGGACGAGACUUUAACCGCAGUUAGUAAAUGGAUCCUGGAGAAUGGUCUCAACCCUGACAGCGUUGAUCGAGUAGCUAUAGCUGAGUAUAUUCAUUCUGCUACUGACGGUCAUCCGGGAAUGGUUGGAUUAAUCUUAGGCAGUUUUGAAAUGUUGAUUUCACAGAACAUCCAAAAUGGUCGGAGAUGGUCGACAGUUUUCUGUCACGAGUUCCUUGUGGAGCAUAAUUUUCUAUUGGAUUUUCUUACACAAUGGGGUAGAGGUGUCUGGUCGGUUGAAGGAGAGAACCACCUCAAAGACUAUUUGAUACGUUCUCCAUCUUACAGCCAUCUCAAAUAUUCGGAUGUUAUAGAUGCAAUGCGUAAAGUGGCGAGACUACCCAACGGCUACACAGAGUCACGAAGGAAUAACAUGGAUGCAUUAGCAUUUUGCUAUAAAAUGGGUUUCCUACACGCAGAGUACUCUCAGUAUGGAAGUAGCGAAAUUACUUAUAUUUUUGCGUCUCCAAUACAUAGAAGAGUUGCAUACCGGCGUCUUAUUCCAGGCCCGCCACCAGGAACCGCUUCAGAUACAAUCACCCUUCAACAAGCCUGUUUAAAUGCCAUUGAAAGAUUUAGCCCAUCUGUUCUACAUCGUCGCUCUACUUCGUCAAAUAUUAGCUGCAAAUCCAGUCCUAAUUGGGGUAUUCCAGAAGCUGUAUUCCAGGAUGAGAUUUAUUGUUAUCUUAAUUAUGAGCUUCAUAAUCUACCAAUUUUGUCAGAAUAUGCCGAAACAAAGGAUGGAAGAAUCGAUUUCUUCGUCUUUGGUAAAAAAUGGGGUAUUGAGAUACUUCAAUCUGGUGACAAUGGAAGACUAGAGGAACAUGCAAAUAGAUUCCAAUCUGGAGGGAAGUAUCACAAAUGGGGUAUCCUCGAAGAUUACAUAAUUCUUAACUUUUGCUCGAAAUCCUCUCUUGAUGCACUUAAGAUCAAAGAUAUUGAUGCCCAAUCGCAUACUCGACAUGUUGUCAUCGAUGCAAACGAGCACAUCGCGCAAGUAUACACAUAUGACAAGCAGCUGCAAACAAUUCUGAACCUGGGCGAGGGAAGAACCAGAUCUCAUUCACCUGACAAGCAGACGGCUUCUGGGAACGAGGAUAUUCACAUGAUUCUGCGAGAUCAGAAGAUAGAAUUGGAGCAAGCGAAAAUAGGGAGGGAGGAGGCGCCGAGAAAAGUAAAUCAACUUCCGCUAGGGAGGGAAGAGAUUCAAAGAAAAAUAGAUCAACUCCAGCUACUGCUUGGGAAGAUAUGACCUUGGUAUUCAAAGAGAGGUUGAAAGAUAGAGACGAAAUAGAUAUCAUUGCCUUCUUUUGUUUCAAGCACAUGGUAAUGUCAUUUCCCUCGGUAAUAAUUUCA